AUGGCUGGAGAACUUUAUAAUCAUUGCAUUGUUUGCGAAGCUCCUGGGGUACAACAAUGUUCAAGUUGCAAAACAGCAAGGUAUUGCAGCAAGGAGCAUCAAAAACAGGAUUGGCGUGCGCAUAAGGAGUACUGUCUCCAGGUCAAAGCAGCCGGAGACCAAACGUUCACUGCCAUUCUGUUUCCUGUUAAUGAACGGAGACCGCGUCUUGUUAAGAUUCCCUUCGAGGAUGUUAUAGAUGAGGAGGAUGGAAUCUCUUGGCAAAAGCUUCAGCGCAAUGUUUGGUUCAAACACCCAGAUUCGUUUGUCAAGGCCGACUAUUUUAACAAUAUGGGGAUCAACGGGCCAGAUCUUGGACGCACUCUUUGCUUUUUUUACGAUGACAACUCUAUAAUCAACAGACUCCCUCUAAACCGGUGCAUUGUGAACAUGACAGGGGGUAAAGCUGGGCACGUGUGGUGUGGAAAUAUUUUUGGGCUGCGCUCGAAGGACCAUACUUAUUUUAACGAAUACAACGAUGCAGUCUUGGAAGAAGACCUAGAACCAUUUGUGGCAUACUUUGACCAGUACAAUAAAGUGAGGCCAGACCAUAUGGAUCCUGUAUUGUGGGCAAAAAUGCAUCCUGGGGCUUGA